AUGGCUGGAAACUAUCCGGGUCGAGGGUCAGGGUGGGCUGUGGAACCCGGUCCAGAUCUUCAUCAACUACAUCGCACCGUCCGUCGACAAUCUCGCUUGCUGGCCACGCUGGUGAAGUUGGCAUUCGCGAUCAUCCUCGGAUGGGGCGUCUAUCGAGCUGCUCGAAUACUAUGCGCGCGCUCCCUACUGGGCGGUCAGUCGCCGGAAGCGCAGUGCCCUUUGCCGGGUUCACCCUGUACUUCGAGUACCCGUCGGGCGUCGGUGAUCGGAAUGGCCUGGGUGGUGCAGGCGUGGGCCAGCGGAAUUCGCUAUGCCCGCGGCCGGUCGGGGCCGAUACCCGUCUUCGUCUUCCUCUAUCUCGCUGCGAUCAGCGUCGGAUACGUCCAUGCGGCAUUGAUGGCCGGAGUGACCGUCGGGGCACUGAUGGUGGGCGAAUAUGUCCGCAGUCCGCAGUGGCGGACAAACAGUGAAGCUCGGACUGGUCGGCGUCUGGCCGCAAAAAGCCUGCGGCGCGAUCACCUUCUUCCCGGCCUGCUCUCCUCGGCCGUCACAUGGCGCACCGGCGAAGAGAAGCGUACGUUCAACGACAAUUCUCCUGACGGCACCGUGGUCGGAAACAUUGACGGCGAGUAUUCCGUCGUCCGUCUCGGAGAA